AUGUCGAAACGAUCCAGAAGCUCGAGAUCUCCAUUUCCCGAACUAGAUUCAAUAUCAGUAUCCUCGAUCACAGUGAAUACCACAACUCCCCCUUCUGAUCGCAACAAGUUCAUCGACAGUGGUACCAACAUCCUCCCCGAGGUGAUGCAUUGCUCCUUACCGCCUCACCGCGAGACACUGCAGUUCACCUCCUACGAGGAUUACGAGGUUCAUUAUCUUCAAUGCCAUGUCAAUCGCUGCUCCGAGUGCAGCAAGAACUUCCCGACUGGUCAUUUGCUCAACCUACACAUAGAGGAGAACCAUGACCCGCUAGCUGCUGCGCGGCGAGCCCGUGGAGACAAGACUUUCGGUUGCUUCAUCGAGGACUGCGAGCGAAAAUGCUCAACCCCACAGAAACGACGACUACAUCUUAUCGACAAGCACAUGUUUCCCCGGGAUUACAACUUUUACAUUGUUAAUGAUGGCAUCGAUGCACAGACAUCUAUGCUGCGACCUAUGAAUAGUCACAGGCGACGCCUUUCAUCAUCAUCUGCUCUGGAGGGCAGGUUGCGGCGUCGAAGCUCGGCGUCUCAAUCGAGCCCACCAACAGCACCAAUCCCCGAAAAGAAGUCGCCAAAUGAAAUGGACAUUGAUGAGCUGGAAAAAUCGAUGUCUGCUCUGAAGUUUGUGCCUACAAGCGUCACUAGAAAUCGUAACAAGAUGUCUGGCAAAUAG